AUGCCCCCAAAAAAGCCUAAAUAAAUUGAUCCUCAAUUGCAAUAAGUAUUCUCAACUUAAAUCAUAGGAACAAUUUGAGAAAUGGAAAGAUAGUGAUGAAUUUAGAGUUUGGAAUGAACUGAAAAUAAUCUCAAAAUCUUUAGAUACAAACAUUUCUGAAACAACCAAAGAUCUAACAGGAAAUUGGCAAGUAAAUCAUAUGCUUAUGUAGGUAUAUCACAACAAAUUGUUUGAAUUGUGCUAAGUUUUCAAGUGUAAACCUAAGUUCAAGUUCAUCGAUCAUGUUCAUAUCCGAAGUGCAUUCUUUGCGUAGGAAGACAUCGAAAUAAAUAAGCAAAUCAUAAAGCAAUAUAUUGAUGGCAUAUAUUGUUCUGUAGAGAAGUUAGAUAAGGAUCGUGGAAACCAUGUAAAAUAAGCUUUUGCUAAAAUUUAUAGAAGUAAUUUAAGCAAAAAAUUUUUAGCUUUGGAGGAUCAUAAGUUUUUAGAAAUGAGUGCUGAAAACUAUUAAGCUGAAAGAAAAAACUUACAAACUCUAUUGAAUGAGUUUACAAAAAAAUUGCCUAUUCUGAUAAAAAUAAGUCAUAAACUUAUUGAAGAGCGUUUAAUGCAAGUUACAGCUCCUUUAAGAGCACUCUUGGAAAUCAAUAAGAAAUUGAUGUUCUUUGAUUUAAGAAAUACUGCCCAUAGAGAUAGGAUGAUAAGAGAUUUUAUAAUAAAAGCAGAUAUUGAAUAAUAUUGUAUUUGUUUACAAGAAUGUGAAAGAAUUUUACUUGAAACAUAGGCUAUAAAGGCAAAUCCUAAUGUGAAACUUAUUUUUAAUAAACUAGGUUAUGAAAAUUGGUAAGUUAUAGAUUUCUAUAAUUUUAGGUAAACUAAUAAGAUAGAGUCUUUUUAUCUUAAACCACUUCUAGAAGCAUUUGAAAAGAUGAGAAGAAACUUAUUUUGUUUAAUGCUCAAAGGAAUCAACUUUUACAAAGCACCUUUAAUGGAGAAUUAAGUAAUUAAAAUAACGAAUUAUUAGUAAUUUGUGAUUGAUAUUAAUGAAGUCAUAAAGGCUGAAUUGAUUAGUGAACAUUUACUAGGAUCAGCAUUAAAAAGAGACUAAAUAAAUUUUGUAUAUAAUGUGCUAAGUGUUAUUUUUCAUGCUAAUCCGCAAGCAAGAGAAUUUCUGUAAAAGAAAGAUGAAAAUUGUAUUAAAGGAAGCAUUCCAAAAUUAAUUGCUUACCAUACAAUUUUAUAUAUGAGAGCUUGGAAGGAUAGAAAGAAAGAGGAUGACUUAAAGUAGAUGAAGUAAGAAUAAUAAGACUAAUUAAAAUAAACCUAACUUUAACAUUCAUAAUUACAAAGUACAUAAGAUGAAAAUUUGGCAAAUGCUCAAUCUAAUAUUUAUGUUUCUCCAGAAAGGAAGAGACAAAUGGAAGAAGAGUAAAAAAAAAAAGAAGAGGAAUAAAGGUUGGCAGAAGAAACAGCAAGAGAAAAAGAGUAAUAAUCUUUAAUGCAAAAAUAUGGAAGGUAUUGGUUAUGGGACUUUUAUUGUACAUAAGAAAAUAGAUAGAUUUUUGAGGAUUGUGUUGAAAGAGUUAGACACAUUAAUAAAGCUGUAUAAUAAGAUAUUGAAGAUGAAAUUAUUAAGGAAGGCAUGAUACCCAAGUAUUAUUUUGAUAUCAACCUUUUUUAGGAUUCGUAAUAGACAGAUGCAAUAAAAUGAUCCCAGUUUAUUAUUCAAUGAAUUACGUAAAAAAGAUUACGAUAACCAAUAUGUUUUAAUGAGAAGACCUCCAGAAUUAUGGAAUUAUCCUAAAGUAAUUGAUGAAGAACAUUAAUUCAGAGCAAUUGCAGAUCCUAAAAAAUGUUAUAUAGAUUAAAGAAUUGAAAACUUAGAGGAGAGAAUCAAUCAAUUGGCAAAUCACCUACAAACCUAUAAACCAUAGACAUGGAAAGAAUUAAUUGAAAGAGUAGUCGAUGCACUAAAAGAGACAUACAUUUAAGAACCCACUUAAAUUGAUGAAUAAUGA